CGUCCAGAUGCUCACCUGCUCCGAGACAAUCCGACACCACAUAAGAUACUAUGGAAGCAUUUGGCAACAAUUCCAUACUCUCGGUAUUUAACGAGACAAACGAGAACCAACUCAACCAGUCCAUCACAACUGUAGGGAACCUCGAAAAUGAUAGCCAGAACACGUCGACGGAAGUGCCUCCCGUCGGAGGGAACGAUAUUCUGCUGAAUAUCCUCGAGGUUCUACAACAUGCCAACUACGUCCUGUUACCGACGAUGCUGAUAUUUGGCCUGACAGGAAACACACUCACGAUUAUCAUCAUGACCAGCCGACGAUACGCCCACCUCACCUCGCGCCUUCUCCUGAUAGCGCUUGCCCUUUCCGACACACUUUUACUUUUGACACAGCCAUUCAACAAAAUCUUCGUUAUCAAGAUGACCGGGAUAGACUUAAGAGCUCUCUCUGAUAUCGGCUGCAAGAUUUACUUUUUCCUGUUUAGAACGAGCAAAAUGACGUCAUCAUGGUUCGUGGUCUUGCUCUGCAUUGAGCGAUUCAUUGCUGUCUGGUUCCCCUUUCGUGCUAAGGUGAUUUGCACCCAGAGGAAUACCUUAUUGUCCAUCAGUACGGUUUAUGUCGUAAUCGGGACAUACAACGCCGUUUGGGGCCAGUGGUCAUCCAUCGUGAACGGACGAUGUCACCCAGACGGUUACGACGCUAACGACCCCGGGGACAAGGAUAUGUUUGGGCGAUUUCUCAUCGGGGGAUGCAACUUGUAUUCCUUCAUACCGACCGCUAUCAUGGUAAUACUGACCCCUCUCAUCAUCAAGAAACUUUUGGAUCAUAAGAAAAAAAGGAAGGCGAUUGCAAGUCAGAAGAACAAACAAGACGAAACCCGAAUCACGUUCAUGUUACUGGGGAUUGUUACAGCCUUUAUCAUCCUGAUCUUACCGGUUACCUUCUUGCACCUCUUUUCAUUUUUGAUUGGCGUAAGGGCAUUCGGUCAGAAUCCAAACGGCUUUCUCAUCUUCAGGGACGUCACGCAGAUUUUGGAACAGGUAAACUACGCCAUUAACUUCGUACUCUACGUAACAACUUCGAAGCAGUUCCGGAGCGGACUGGCAGAUCUGUUUUACUGCAGAGGGACCAACUAUCUACAAGGAUAUGGGUCCAAAAUGAGUUCGUACAACAGUCGAAGAAAGCUGCCCUCAAGUUACAUUGCCUCGGCUGAUUCUGAAUCGGGCUUGAGUAACAAAGCCAGCGUCACUACUGAUUGCAGCGGAGCAAAUGUAAAGGACCAAAGCCUUCCGAAAGUACUACCCUGUGUGGAAUAUCCAUGAGUUACACAUGUAACACCCCACUGCGCAUGACUAGCGGGCAAUUUUGUCGUAACUAAUGUUGUGGAUCUAACGACUACAUGCUUAGAAGGACUCAUAUUUGAUGUAUUUGCGUUUUUUUGUUUGUUUGUUUUUGGGGUUUUUUCACAGAGAACGAUAAGUUUUUUUGGAGACACGCAUAUGUCAUCAAAGUGAUGUGAGCUGAAGAUUUGUGACGUAAUUCUACCGUAUAGACAAUGCCACAUAUGCUACAAAUGUGAGUUUUACUCAUUAAGGGAAAAUGCGAGAUGGCAAAUGGACAAAUUUAAAAUGGUUCAUAGUCGUUUUACUUGUACCCUUGUGGCCCAGAGGAACUUUCUUUAAAAUACAAAUCAAAAUAUAGACUUACUGUUCAUUAUCGUAGAAUGUUUGACUGAAAGCUUAUUAUCUAUAUCAUAUUUAUUUAAGCAUUGAUGUCUUUUUUUUUUAGUUUCAUCGGGGCAUGAAAUAAU